AUGCCUGAAGCUGAAGUUCUUCAAAAUAUUAAGUUCAAAAGAGCGAGAGGAAACACAGAUGUGGCCACACCCUCUAUGGAUGAUCCCACUUAUUGCAACAUCAAUUACUCAGAAACUCAGCGACCUGCAUCAAGCAGGCGAUCGGGGGUCACAUGGGAGCGAGUGGUCCUGCUGGUCCUCAGUGUUCUCCUGGCAGCUGCCCUCACAGCUCUUGGUGUAACCCAUGAAACAUGUCCGAGGUGUGAGGACGGCUGGGAGCCACAUGGAGGAAAGUGCUACUUCUUCUCCUCCGUUUGGUUAUACUGGACUCAGAGUAGAAAACAAUGCACAUCAAUGAGUGGAGACCUGGUUGUGAUAAACAACAGAGAGGAGCAGGAAUUCCUGGUGUCAAGAGUGAGUGAAAAUAUGAAAAAAGAGGAGGGAAGGUUCUGGAUCGGACUGACAGACUCAAAGAAAGAGGGUGAAUGGCUUUGGGUGGACGACACACGACUGAAUACAAGUUUGACGUUUUGGCGUGAGGGCCAGCCAGACAACAGGCAGAGGACAAAUCCUGAUGGACGCUGGAUAGGGGAGGACUGUGUGAGGAUGGGGGAGAAAAAAGGAGCCGAGGACCUGAAGAUCUGGAGCGACGAACACUGCGGAAGGCUUCAAAAAAGUAUUUGUGAGAAACCAGAUAAAGCAUGAGCCUGAAAUCCAGUUGGAUCAGAUUGAGCUCGAGUCUUCAGCCACUUUCACAAACUGAGACUUGAUGCUUUAUUAAUGAAGAUCUUCUCCAGACAUAAACAACUUUGAAUAAUAUCUAGAGUCUCAUAUGUUCUUCAGUUUCCUUGUUAUUUUAAAGUGAU